GGACACCGCGUCAAUUUGGUACCGGAUUCCCCCUCAUUUUUUCCUCCUCCUCCUCGUAAUCAAUUUCUGGAUUAUGGGGACGUCGCUGAGCCACGCAGGGUUAACUACAGACGCUUUCCAAGAUUAGCUAGAAACAUGGAGCACGCCAGAAACAAUGUGCAUGAAUCAGAUUUUGUUCCAGUGCUGCUACACAUUUCAGUGAUCUCGCCUGUAAAUACGCCAGGAUAUUUAUUUUAAUGCUUCUGUGCGUUUUUUUUGCUUUUAGUGCGCGCAAUGUGCAGCGCCGUGGUUGUUGCUGCUGCUUAGAGUUGGCAUAGCCCCACAGACAUCAACCUUAAUAAUCAUUCUUUUAAAUGUAAGUGAUGCGCAGACCUCCGUGGCUUUAACCGUAAUCAAUCCGCCGUUUUUAACGUAAAUACAAGCGAAAAAUGAUGAAAUAAUUGGCUGUGUUGAUCGGCAGACACAAUUGCGUUAACAGGAGUUCAUGUUAUCCACAGAUUUGAAAAAUAAAUAAAUAAAUAAAAAUAAAAAAAAAACCGCGACGCAGGGGCUGUUUGGAGUCACAUGCGCCCGGGACAAACAAUUAAGAUGACAAAAACGGUCCCCAGGAGAGAUUGUCUUUAUUACCGAGGAAGCCGCAUUCUUAUCACAUCACAGUUUCUGGAUUGUAAUAGAGUUGGAGGACAGGGAGCAGCAAAGGGAGAAGAGAGGGAGGAGAAGCAGAUGAGAGCUGCCGAGCCGCACACCGGAGCCGCUGCUGAGGGGCAGGAUUUGGCUUCAGUGGUGGACUGAGCUGAAGUUGAAGGGAUCCCUAUGACAGUCGGCUUCACGUUUCCCCCCCAAGCCUUCGCUCUGGACAGAAGCACGUAUGGACACAUUGCAGCACAGGUGAGGGACAAGAGGAGCUCUGCCAGUUGGCCUCAUGAUUAAAACACAACUCUCUCUCAAAGAGGACAGCAUCGGGCUUUCAUUUGGAAACCGUCUCUCAGGUCUGCACAAACUGAUUCUACCUUCAUCCCAAAAAGAAAGUAAACCUGCAACCUCAGCCUCCCACUCCCCCACUCCCAAGUGCCCUGGAAAGCCCAUCGGAUACAGUCUGCAUCCACAGAUGUAACUAAGAUUUCUUCUUAAGGAAGUCCUAUAAUUUUGGACCAAUCUCGCAGGGCAAGUUUUGCCUCUGCAAGACAGUCAAGCAUGGAAACUCCUCCCAAUACAACCCCACAGCCUUUCAGACAGCCGAGCUUUCUCAAUCGAAGGUUGAAGGGUUCCAUCAAGAGGGCAAAAAGUCAGCCCAAACUUGACCGGACCAGCAGCUUCAGACAGAUGAUUUUGCCCCGGUUUCGUAGUGCUGACCAAGAAAGGACUCGCUUGAUGCAGAGCUUCAAAGAAUCCCACUCCCAUGAGUCCCUCCUUUCUCCUAGCAGUGCCGCAGAGGCUUUGGACCUAGUUUUGGAUGAAGACGCCAUAAUCAAACCUGUCCAUUCUAGCAUUUUAGGACAAGAGUACUGCUUUGAGGUAACGACUAAUUCAGGGACAAAAUGUUUUGCCUGCCGUUCAGCUUCAGAAAGAGACAAAUGGAUCGAAAAUCUACAACGAGCUGUCAAGCCCAACAAGAACUCCUCGUUUCAUUUUCAGGAUAACAGCAGACGGGUGGAUAAUGUCCUCAAGUUGUGGAUCAUCGAAGCACGAGACCUUCCAGCUAAGAAACGCUAUUAUUGUGAGCUGUGUCUGGAUGACAUGCUGUACGCACGCACCACCAGCAAGCCCCGCACCGACACCGUCUUCUGGGGCGAGCAUUUUGAAUUUAACAAUUUGCCUACCAUUCGUAGCCUUCGUUUGCACCUCUACAAGGAAACGGACAAAAAAAGACGCAAGGAAAAAAGCACAUACAUUGGCCUUGUUAGCAUCCCCAUAUCCAGCAUCACCGGCAGGCAGUUCGUCGAGCAGUGGUACCCGGUGAUUCAGUCCAGUGUUCUGGCCAAAAGCGGCGGUGUUGGAAGUACCAAAGUUAUCAACGCCUCACUACGUAUCAAGUCUCGCUACCAGACAAUGAACAUCCUCCCGAUGGAGCUGUACAAGGAGUUUGCGGAGUACAUUACCAACAACUACCGAACACUGUGUGGGGUUCUGGAGCCUCUGUUGAGUGUGAAGAGCAAAGAGGAGGUGGCAUUUGCACUGGUGCACAUCCUUCAAAGCACGGGGAAGACAAAGGAGUUCCUGUCAGACAUGGCGAUGUGUGAGGUGGAUCGAUUCAUGGACCGAGAGCACUUAAUCUUUCGGGAAAACACACUCGCUACAAAGGCCGUGGAAGAGUACCUCAAACUGAUAGGUCACAGAUACCUCAAGGAGGCUAUAGGUGACUUUAUUCGAGCCUUAUAUGAGUCUGAGGAGAACUGCGAGGUGGACCCCAUGCGUGUCCCACCAUCAGUCCUCGCUGACCAUCAAGCCAACCUUCGAAUGUGCUGCGAGCUCCUACUCUGCAAGAUUAUCAACUCUCUCUGCAUAUUUCCCCGGGAGCUGAAAGAAGUUUUUGCCUCAUGGAGAGCCAGAUGUGCUGAGCGCGGAAGAGAGGAUCUCGCUGACAGCCUCAUCAGCUCCUCCCUGUUUCUUCGCUUCAUGUGCCCAGCCAUCAUGUCGCCCUCCCUGUUCAACUUAAUGCAGGAGUAUCCCGCUGAACGCACGUCCCGCACACUCACGCUCAUAGCCAAGGUGAUGCAGAACCUGGCCAGCUUCAACAAAUUUGGACCCAAGGAGGAAUACAUGUAUUUCAUGAAUGAGUUCCUGGAAAUGGAGUGGGGCUCCAUGCAGCAGUUUCUCUAUGAGAUUUCCAACUUGGACACCGGAGGAAAUGCAGGAGGGUUCGAGGGCUACAUUGACCUCGGAAGAGAGUUAUCCAUGCUCCACAGCUUACUGUGGGAAGUCAUGGGCCAGCUUAGCAAGGAUGCUAUACUCAAACUUGGACCCCUGCCUCGACUGCUGAACGACAUCAGCGUCGCUCUGAGGAACCCGCAGCUUCACAUGCCGACAAAUCACCAGCCGGACCGACCGAAGGACAGACUCUUCUCCCGCCCGUCCUUCAAUCGUCUUAUGUCCUCUGAUUUCCAAAGCCUUAUGAUGCGUGACUUAAACAGUUCAAUAGACAUCUCUCGCUUGCCGUCCCCCACUACUGGAGUGUCAGCUGUAGAAUCCCUCGCGUCUAACCUGAACAUGAGGCGGCACGCUGAACGCGACCUUCGCUCGUCGAGGGAAGUGUUCUAUGUGACCCGCCCACCCCUGGCUCGAUCAAGCCCUGCGUACUGCACGAGCAGCUCGGACAUCACAGAACCUGAUCCGAAGGUACUGUGGGUCCACAGUGUAAACAAAAGUGUGUCCAUGAUGGACCUUCAGGACUCUCGUAUGAACAGCAUUUCCAACCUGAACUCUGUGGGAGACAUGCUCACCUCCUCUCAGGCCUCCAUCGCAGGUCUCGGCCACAGCUUUGGGAACCUCGGCGGUCCUCUUCGUAUGGGCGGGCAUUUGCCGAGUGGUUCAGCGGGCUCUGGUCUGAGAAUAAGCCAGAUGGGUCAUGUAGGGGGCCCGACCGAAUCCAUCUCUCAGCAACAGCAGCAGGCGGCAGCGGCUAUGCACUUCCCCCUGUCUUUCCAGAACCCGCUAUUCCAUCUGGCCGCCCAGAACUCCCCGGCUCAGUCGGCCCAGCCUCCCCCUCCUCUUCUCCUCGCCCCUGAGCCUGAGAAUGGCCAUCACGACUACCCACCGGCCUUUGGCAACAGUGCUUUCUCUCGCAGCGAGGACUUGUCCGCCCUGCGGUCACAGAGCAGUCUGGUACAGCCGAGCAUCGUCCACUCACACAGCUACAGUGAUGAUUUCACCCGGCAGAAUCAGAGCAAUGACUAUGCCUGGCACCAGCUGUCGCUGCAGGUUCAGGAGUCUCUUCAGCAGCAGCACCUGAUGGGUGUCACAUCUCAGACACCCACAGGCACAGGCACGCCUGCAUCUUUGGCCACGCCUCCGACCACAGUCCAUCCUGUCCGCCAGACAUCCAUCGCCGCCCAGCACCUCAAGUCCCAGCGGUCCAUUAACAACCCGGCCACUGCCACGCCUCCAAAGGUCCGUCCUCAGAGCAGAAACCUCCUCCUCAACUCUUCUGAAACAAACUUGAGCGGCAGUCAGCCAAAAUCCCGGCAGGCUCAGCAGCAGCCACAACAGCAGCAGCAGCAGCAGACGCAGCAGCCGACGGCGCAGACGCAGCAGGACGGGCAGCUGUCGGUGACAGACAGUCCGGCUCCUGGGCUCCCGUACCAGACGAGCUCCGCCAAAGAGAACCAAGUCCCGCCGGCAGCCACAGAGGAGGCAACAGACACACCCACAAAAAGCACCAAGAAGCCUCAGCAGUCACAGCUGCAGCCGCCACAGCAGCAUCUGCUCAAGCCAGUCGUCAAUAAGCAGGGUUCUCAGUCCACUUUGAACACCCCGUCCCUGAAUGAGCGGACGGUUGCCUGGGUGUCCAACAUGCCACAUCUCUCUGCUGACAUCGAGAGCCUGCGGCCGGACCGUGAGGGCCAACUCAAAGAGUACUCAAAGAGUAUGGAUGAGUCACGGCUGGAAAGGGUUAGAGAAUACGAAGAAGAAAUUCACUCGUUAAAGGAGCGACUGAAGAUGUCUCAUCGCAAACUUGAAGAAUACGAGCAGCGACUUCUGACGCAGGAACAGCAGACCAACAAGAUCCUGCAGCAGUAUCAAAACCGCCUGGAAGACAGCGAGCGCCGCCUGAAGCAGCAGCAAAUGGAGAAGGACUCUCAAAUCAAAGGCAUCAUCAGCAGACUCAUGGCUGUGGAAGAUGAGCUGAGAGGGGGUGCCAUUCCUGAUAUUAAGCCUCGAAUCCUCACAGACCAGUCUAUCAGCCAGGGAUAUGGAUCCUGACUGCCAGUUCCAAAGUGACCAGAGUUCAUGAUGGUCACUUCAGUGUAAGAAGACUGACUCAGACCCUUCUCUAACAACCCCCAUCAAGACAAAGCUCUGCAGUGGAUCCAGCAGGACUACUGGAGGCGUCAACUCACAUUCUUAAAUAAAUAAUGACAAAAAAAAAAAAAACUUGCACAUAUUCAAACUUAGCCUGUACCAGAACUUGACAAUCAGCUUAGCACGAGGACCAAUGUGGGAAGUGAAUCUUCUUAUGAGCCAGUGCCACAACAAUGGCAAUACUAUACCUACUGAGUUUCUUUAUUUAAUCGGGAAAAAAGUAAGAAGAGGUGUGCAAAACUCUGGGGGAUAAAGAUGUACUCACGGUGUUCCCUCCUACGAGCAGCACGGUUUCUUCUCGCUAAGGUGGCUGCAGACAAAAUGUAAAAUAGGCUUUUUAUAAGCACAAUAUCCCUUCAUGGUGAUGCCUGUGACGAGUGACAGGCGUCGAAUCAUUUGCCAGCUGUUAUCCUCAGAUGCAGGGCCCGAGCAAAGACAUAUUUUACUAUUUGGCUCUGGUGAAAUCAUAUAGUAACAUAUUGUCAUUGCAAAAGUAUUUUCACUAAAAAAAAAAGAAAAGGUGGUUAUCAUGAUUUUUGCAUCUUUUUUAGUACAUGCAUUCCAUCUAAAAAGAUGCCAAACAAGUCCUACAGUCACCUUAAGUGUUUAAGUACAAUCUGAAUCUUCUCGUUGGUUUACUUUUUCCUGGCACGCAGUGUAAAGCCUUGACUUUCAGUGUACAGAAAAAUUAUUUCGUAAAGCUACUAAAAUCUUUGUAAUAAUGGAGAAUACAAAAAUAAGCUUAAAUUAACUUUAUAGUAUUAUUAAUAGUGAUAAUUGUGAUAAACUACAGUAAAUCUAACAUUUCAAAACAGUGCUACAAAGUGUUUCAACGCAGCAUUAAAGAAAAAUUAUGGGAGAAUGUAAACAUUUGGUUUAAAGGUGCACUCCACCAGUUUUAUACAGUAUGAGAGAACUAGUUCUUGGUGUGUCUGGAGAGGCUUUGGCUGAUCAGAGAAAGUGAUCCUGUCAGUGAUGCCAUCUGUGCUUGAACCAUGGUCCUGUGCUACGAAGCAAGUUAAACAUACCCAGGAUAUCUGGCUUCACUUACCCUAACAUUUGCAAUCAGGCUCAGCGGUCACAUCAAGGUGGUUAUCAACUUAAUAAGUUCACCCAGAGUUUAUCCGUCUAGCUACGAGUCCGUUUAUAUUGCAGGGGUGGCAUUAGCAGCAUCUGACCAAUCGCAGUCAUGAGACCACUAGCAGCAGAGCGACUGAUUUUACAAAAGUAAGGCAAAACUAUAAUAUUAGAAAAAUAUGAAGAGCUAAACACAAUACAGAUGGAAAGCAACAGAGCUGCUGCAGACAAAACCGUAGAAAGGCGCUGUAGAGUAGUGUUAAAAGCGGUGCAUGAAUGUGUGCACUUUAAGUGCUUUUUUCAGUGAGACUGGAAAGACCUGCUGUAUUUAGAAAGUUUAACCUAUCUGAAGCAGUAUCAGUGCUCUGUCACUGAGUCACAGGGAAAUCUGAUAGUUACGCCAUUAAAUCAAUAUUGUUGCUUACAGCAUGGUUUUAGCUUUUAUUCCUGCAGCUGGUGUUCAAGGGUCUAAGAGCAACAAAUAUUAAAAUAUAAUUUGGUAUAAAGUCCACAAGUACAAAUAGGUGCUCUGAGGGAUCUUCUAGGAAAAGUGAAUUGGUUGAUACUUUACUGAUUUUGUAUUUGUUGAUCUCUGAUCUCAAACAUAACCUGCUCUGGACUGCAGGUCAGCAGCAUAUGUUGCCACGGUGAUGUACAUGGGUUAAAAGUGGAGCGCCUUUUGUAAUAAUGAAAUCCAGGGUGAAGCCUCAAGUUACCUGGAUGAGGCUGCUUUGAAACACGGGUCUUUGAAGACUCCCAGGGUUUGUGCUAUAAACUGGGACUGUGGAGUUUUGGAGACAUGACAGUUUUUCCUUCCUAAUAACUACCUAACUCUCCUGGCCAAGGCCGAUGCCUUAGUUUACCAUUUUAAAGAAAGUGAUCUAUAUCUUAAUGGUCCAAAGGUUAACCUCUCCCCACGUUUAAUAAAGACGGAAACAGCCUAAAGGUCUGGGACGUUUGUUGUGCUAACCUCCAGCAGAGCCUGGCUUUUUUUUCAAAUUCAUGUUACUACUUAAUUUCUUGUUGUUUAUGAUAUGUUUGCAGAAAUGUCAUGAAAAGAUAACGCUAACACAGCUCGUCACAGUUUUCCUGACCUCCCGAGCUUAAUUGGUUACCUUAAUUGCCUGUGUGCUCUUUUUAAGUAGAACUGCAAUAAUGAGCAAUUCAGUGAACUAACAAAAUUAACCAGCAACCGUUUUCAUAAUGAGAUUAUCAAACAGUGUUAGGCUGAUGCUUCUCUUACAAAGUAAACUGGAUUUAUUUUGGGUUUUUCUUUUUGCUCUUAGCGAUGCAAAAUGUCCAUUUGAAAGCAUCACCUUAGGCUUUAGGGAUAUUUAAUUGAGUGUAGUGGUUCUAACUUGGCCUAAACCAGCCUAUCACGCCUGGUAUUUUUUGUGUGUAUCUUUUUUUUUUUUAUGUGUUUUUUGUGUGUUGAUUUUGCUGCUUGACACUUUGUAACCCUGGUUUGAAAAGUGAAAUAUAAAUAAAGAAAAUUUAACAAACAUGGUUUUAAAACGAGACGUGCACCUGGACGCAAAUCUUAUAUAACAAGUAGUGAGUUACUCAUCUGUUGUGUUUAAUGUCUCUGAAGCAUAGGUGUGCAACAGUUCUGCAUGUGCUUUUUAAAUGCAAGGACGAGUAAGUCGGUUUGCUGUCAGAUAUACUGAUGUACACAAAACAAAACAAAGAAAAUUACAAAAAAAAAAAAAAUACUUUGACACGGCUUUCUUAUUGGAAGGCAUCUUUUUUAAUCCAACCUGCUGACUCUUCUGCUUUUUUCCAGAAGAGUGUGGCAUUCAGCCUUUUGCAUUAUACAACAUGGGAGUAUAGUGAGAAAUGGUCAGAAAUCCGAGAAACGAGAGAGGACACAGUGAAACCAACUGAACAAUAAGACGUUUACAAGCAGGGAUAUGUAGUAUAUGUGCAUAGGAUUUGACUGCCUUACAGUCUGUGCCACAGGGCCCAAAAUAACAAUGCCAAUACAAAAAGCUGUAAACUUUGUAUAUUAAAUGUCUUUUUCUUUUUGUAGUCAGGUGAUGAAUUAAUAAGCAGUGUGUUGGUUAACUCUGUAUGUUAGAAACAUUUACAUUACAAAUUUCAUGGUUGAUAUCAUUUAUCCUAACCUCUUUGCCUUUAAAAAGACAUUUUAUUUCAAGAUAAAUAUCAAUGAUACAAAGUUAAAUGUUUAUGUUACCAGAACUGUAUAAAAUAGCUUCAUGUAUAUCUAUUCUUAUAUGUAAAA